AUGGAGCCGGUACAUGUAUCCACUUCGUCAAAGGCACUCUUCAAUAAGGUGCGCCGAAUCGUACCACCUCUGCUCGAGAGAUUCCACAAAGGGCAACAAGGACGUGUUGCUGUCAUCGGAGGCAGCCUCGACUACACAGGAGCUCCAUACUUCUCAUCGAUGGCAUCUGCAAAAUUAGGUUGUGAUAUGAGCCAUGUAAUCUGUGAAAGAUCCGCCGCAUCUGUUAUCAAAUCCUACUCUCCAAGCCUGAUGGUACACCCACUGCUUCCAAGCAGCGAGUCCGUCUCAGAUCCCAACUCGAUUGACGCCCCAGCCCUCGCCGGUCCCAUAAUCUCCAUGCUCUCCCGACUUCAUGCGCUGGUUAUCGGCCCAGGACUUGGUCGCGACGGUGUGACGCUCAAGGUCGUCAGAGAAGUUAUCAAAGAGGCACAAUCACAAUCAAUUCCGUUCGUCCUGGAUGCAGAUGGACUCCUCUUGGUCACGGAAGACCCGGAACUCGUCAAGGGGUACAAGGAGUGCAUUCUCACACCUAACGUCAACGAAUUCGGCCGUCUCGCAAAGGCACUGAAGAUUGAGGUCCAGAGCCAAGCACAGAUUAAGGGAGAUGGUGGUGACAAGACGAGCAAAGAGUCGGAAGCUUGUGAGCAGCUGUCGAAUGCACUUGGGGGUGUGACGAUUGUCCAGAAGGGGCCGCAUGACAUCAUCUCGAACGGUGUUACCACCCUCGUCUCCGACGUCACCGGUGGAUUGAAGCGAAGUGGGGGCCAAGGUGACACUCUUACCGGAUCGCUAGGCACGCUGUUGGCAUGGAGAGCAGCUUAUCAUAACAAACUGUGGGAUUCAGGAGAGAAGGAAAACGACAAGCAAGCUGAGAGCCGACAGGAUGUCAAAGCUGAACUCGAGACGGAAGGCAAGAGGAUGUCGCCAACGACGACGUUACUUCUUGCUGCUUGGGCUGGCAGUAGCUUGACCCGGGAGUGCUCAAGACGGGCAUUCAAGGCUAAGGGAAGGAGCAUGCAAGCUGGUGAUCUCACAGAUGAGGUCUACCCAAGCUUUUUGGAGCUGAUUGGUGAGCCCGAUACGCCUGAGAAGUCUAGUCUGUAG